UAGUCCACCGGAGUUCCAUUCACAGAAAGUGAUUUACUGGAGCGCCUACGCGGUCAUCACAGAUAGAAUGAGCGGACGCGUGGGCGACCUCAGCCCGAAGCAGGUGGAAAUUUUAGCCGAGUUUCGAGAGCAGGUUGAGGACAUUCUCCCAGACCUUCCCGCGCAGCAUGAUCACUACCUGCUUCGCUGGCUCCGAGCCCGAAGCUUCAAUGUUCAGAAAGCAGAGGCGAUGCUUAGAAAGCAUCUGGAGUUCAGGAAACACAUGAAAGCAGACACCAUCAUCUCUGACUGGAGGCCUCCUGAGGUGAUUGAGCGGUAUGUGUCCGGGGGGAUGUGUGGGUACGACCUUGAGGGCAGUCCCAUCUGGUAUGAUGUCAUCGGGCCCCUGGACCCCAAAGGUCUGAUGCUGUCCUGCACCAAACAGGACUUCAUGAGGACCAAGAUCAGAGACACAGAGAUGCUCCGUGGAGAGUGUCAGAAACAGACAGAGAAGUUGGGGGUUAAUGUGGAGGCGAUAACCCUGAUCUAUGACUGUGAGGGGCUGGGCCUGAAGCACCUUUGGAAGCCUGCUUUAGAGGCCUAUGGAGAGAUCCUUACCAUGUUUGAGGAGAACUAUCCUGAAGGACUCAAGAGGGUGUUUCUCAUCAAGACUCCUAAGAUAUUCCCGAUGGCCUACAACCUGGUCAAACACUUCCUGAGUGAAGAGACACGUCAUAAGAUCAUCAUUCUGGGAUCUAACUGGCAGGAGGUGUUACUUAAGCAUAUUGACCCGGAGCAACUCCCGGUGGCGUAUGGAGGAACCCUUACUGACCCUGAUGGUGACCCUCGCUGUCGCACCAUGAUAAACUACGGCGGUACAGUGCCCAGGUCGUACUACGUUCAGGACAAUGUGGUCAAGGUCCAGUACGACCACAGCGUGACCAUCAGCCGAGGCUCCGCCCUCACACUGGAGUAUGACAUCACCACCCCCAGCAGCGUCCUCAGGUGGCAGUUUGCCAGUGAUGGGGCAGACAUAGGCUUUGGGGUGUUCAUGCGGAGCCAGGAGGGGGGUGGGGCUCAGAAGGUGGGGGAUAUGCUGCAGGUGCUGCCUAGUGAACGCUACAACGCACACAUGGUCCCAGAGGACCGCUCACUCACCUGCCCCGAGCCUGGAACCUACGUGCUGCGUUUUGACAACACCUACAGCGUACUGCAGUCGAAGAAGAUCAGCUACACCGUCAAUGUUCUACUGCCAGACGGACAGAUCCAGAGCCCUAGGAGUAUCAGAGGGGAUGGACGGCUGGAGUAACACACACACGUACUGACAGACAGACACAGAGCCCCAGGAGAGAGGGGGCGGACAUCUGGUAUCACACACACACACAAAUAUGAGAUCUGGGAUAGUGAAGAUAGCAAUGUACAGUAAACAGUGCAGUUUAAAUACUACUGUUCUCAGUUAUGGCCAUUAGCUAUUAUGACAGGACAUUUUCUAAUGCUUUUCUAGGAAAAAAAGUAUCUGUACAUGCAUUUCAUACAAGAGUCACAUUAGGUUUGAGAUAGGACUAUAUGGCUUUGUUUUAUAUUAUUGUGUGAAUGGAAUAGCAACCGUUUUCAUCACAGAAAAUACAAUUUGCCUGUUUUUUCCCAGUUUGUGUGUUAUAUAGGCUACAGUAGAUCAAUGUAAAAAGACAAAUGGUGCAUGUGGAAAGAAUGAAGGAAUGAUUAUGAAGUGGAGCAAUUAAUAUAGUUUUGUGUUUUCACUAACGAUGCCUCUCAUUAACAGUUUCAAUAACUGGGUGGUCCUCUGUAGCUCAGCUGGUAGAGCACGGCGCUUGUAACACCAAGGUAGUGGGUUCGAUCCCCGGGAU